UCUCACUUCAUCACAUAUCAAUCACUCCUGCAACUAAGCACUGCUACCACUGAUCUUGCAUUUGCAAAUUUCCGAAGAGGAACGCAAACCACCAUGUUUUCAAAGAUGAGGAAACAUGCUUUCCUCUCCUUGUCACUUCUACUUGCUUUUCUCUUCUACUGCAGUACCACAACUUUAGCCCAGCCAGCUCAGGCCCCUGCCUUGCCAGCUGUGGCCCCGGCUAAGCCUGCUGAUUCCCCGGCUAAGCCUGCUGAUUCCCCGGCUAAACCUGCUGAUUCCCCGGCUAAGCUUGCUGAUGCCCCGACACCACCUGGCCCUCCCGACGUAACCAAAAUCCUCCAAAAGGCAGGCGGUUUCACAAUCUUAAUCCGCCUCUUAAAGAGGACUGCAGUGGCCGACCAAAUUAAAGGGCAGCUAAACGAUACAAAGAACGGCUUUACUCUUUUUGCUCCAACCGAUGCUGCAUUUUCAAGCCUCAAGUCGGGUACUCUAAAUUCUCUCAGCGACGAACAAAAGAUCCGACUCAUACAGUUUCAUACCUUGCCCACUUUUUAUACUCUAGAAAACUUUCAAACGGUGACCAACCCAUUGAGAACACAGGCAGGAGAUACCAACCCUGGUAAUUACCCACUAAAUGUGACCUCAAUGGGAAACCAAGUAAACAUUUCGACUGGCCUUGUCAAUGCCACAGUGAGCGGUACGGUAUAUUCGGAUAACCGGCUUUCAAUUUACAAAGUAGACAAAGUGCUUCUUCCUCUGGACAUUUUUGUUGCAAAGCCUCCGGUACCUGCACCGGCACUUGCCCCAACCAAGCCUAAGGAUAACAAGAAUACAGCAGGCAGUCCAAAGAGCAGUACUACUACUACAACUACUCCUACUGUGGUUGGUUCUGAUGCAGCGAGUCUCGCACUCGCAGAGCAUGGAGUAAUGGUGUCCGUUGGAGUUUCUAUUUUCGUUGCUGCAUUUUCUAUGUUAUAACCAAAAAAGGAAAAAAGUAUGAUGAAAAGAAACAGCAGGAUAUAUAUAUAUUCCGGGUGCGGGACAAUUGUCUAGUACUGUACGAUUAUGCUGCGUUGGAUUGAGAUUGA